UCUGUGACUGUCAUCGGCGGCACAGGGUGUGCCGAACCGGUUCGAAAACUGUACAUUUGCAGCAUAUGCUUGACAUAAAACGCAGCAGUGCUGUCAAAACAUGUUUGCCGCAUCCAUAAACAUAAGCAUAAACCAAGCGGAAGGUCUACUGGAAAAGUUUGUAAAAGAAACAAUUUUCUGUUGAUUAAAUAUGUCUGGACAGUUCCCGGGAGGAUAUCAGAGCCCCAGUGGGCAUCGGGGUAAUUAUAAUAGCCCUAUAAUUCAGCAACACCUGAACCAAAUGAACGUUCCAAACCAAAUGGGAAUGAUGGGCUUCAACCAAAACAACGUAAUGAACAAUCCACAAAUGCAAGGUGUACCGGGACAGGGUAACCAGGAUAUGGGUCUCAAUCCGGGCAUGAUGCAGCAAAACCAACAACAACAGCAACAAAUCGCACAAGGAAUGCAACCCAAUCUCCAGCAGAUACCGUCGAACCAGCAUCAGCCGGGCCAAAAUCAAAUGGUCGGACAGAAUCCGAGCCAUCAGUCUGCGCAACCAUCCCCACAGAUGGGUAUGCAACAAUCGGGCGGCAAUGUCGGUCCGGGCAACGUAAUGAAUAACCCUCAGUCACAGAACCAAUCUGUACCGCCGAAUCAACCAGGCGGUGGAACGACCGUACAGCAACAACAGAAAGCCGAAUUUAAUCUUCUCUCGCUGUGCCGAAUCGGGCAGGAAACGGUACAAGAUAUUGUGAGCCGCUUUCAGGAGGUGUUUGGCAUAUUGCGCUCGAUACAACCCCCCAAUGGGACGAACCAGGGACAGUUGUCGAGUAACGACAAGAAGGCGAAGGUGCAGGAACAGUUCCGUACGAUUCGGUUACUGUUCAAACGGUUGCGGCUGCUGUACGAUAAGUGUAACGACAAUUGCCAACAGGGGAUGGAGUACACGCACGUGGAAAGUUUGAUUCCACUGAAGGGUGAGAUUGAACGGACCGAGCCGGUCCACACGGAGGAGUACAAAAAAGCGCUGCAGGAGAACCGUGAGCUGGUGGCGAUGGUACAGCUGAAGAACAAACAGUUGCGUGAAAUUAUCGACAAAAUACGGCUUACGAUAUGGGAGAUAAACACCAUGCUAAGUAUGAGACGAUGCUAGGAAGGAAAUGAGUGGCUUUAGCUUAAGAUAAUCAAAUAAGGAUGCAACACUGCAAUAUGCGCAUCAUCAAUCUGUGGCGGAUCAAGGGUACGCCCCUUGGAGGAGGCCCUAGGCGGAAUUGCCAUUUUGGGACUCUAUCAAUACACUACACGAAAUAAACGACAUUUCGCAUCGUUUCGCCUAAUGUUAUAAAACUCGAGUUUGUCAGAAAUUGUCCUAUCAGCUGUUUCUAGUAAAACUCUUACUUUCGAUAUUUUCCAUUCAAUGUGGCAGGUAUCUGCUGUGAUUAGUUCCGUUUGGUUCGAUUAUGCGGUAAUGAAUUAUUGAGAAAAGAAUUAAGCCACCGUAGUGAAGAGUCAAUUGUAAUUUCGGGAUUUAAGUUAAAGGAAAUAAUAUAAUGCAACUGGAUACCUUUGCCCAAAAUAAAUAUAUUUAAAUAUA